UUUGUGUCGUAAACAGCUGAUUUUGAAUUUCUUGUAUGAUGUGUAGAGAGCAAUGUGAACAAUGUUUUCUCACCAAUAAAUUGUAAAUUCUUUUCUUGCUUUGCGGUGCGAUAUUUCACACAAGAAAAUGAUUUCUUUCAAAUGGCUUUUCGUUGAAUAUUUAAAAAGAUCUUAGUUUUUUUCACGUGACCAAUGGGUUCCAGAAUCAGGGAGAAUCCUUCUCAUGUUUUUGAAUGCUUUUGUGAAAUAGUCAUUCCCAAUGGAAGUGAAAGCAAGCCCUGGAUAAUUCAGAAAUAUCCUGAAGAUUUCAAUGAUGAGGAAAUUCUGAAGUCUGUGCCUGAAUUUUCGUGUCCUUGUGAAUUUACAAACACUGCAAUACAGCACUUUUCAUUUGUUUUGACAAGCCUAGAUAGCAAAUGGACUUUUGGUUAUUGUCGGCAUGCACCAAAUGCACCUACACUUUUGGUGUUAAUUAGCUAUUUGCCCUGGCACGAAACAUUUUACAAAAUCUUAAAUCAAAUAUCAGAUCUUGCAAAUGAUAAAGAGUCUGGCCUGCUGACAAGGUUCUUAAGUGCUUUGUAUUGUUCUUCAGUUCCUGAUCCUGGACUUAAUUUACAUGUUUCAUAUGAUAAUAAAGAGUUCAUUGUGUAUUGUCCAAAUCAUUUCAAACUUCCAAGCAUUCCUGAAAAUAGGAAUUUAACAGAAUAUUUUAAUGCUAUUGAUGCUCAUAACAUGAUGGUUAUUUUUGCAAGUAUGCUUCAUGAACGUAGAAUACUUGUAACUUCUAAGAAAUUAAGUCGCUUAAGUGCUUGUGUUCAGGCUGCAAAUACUCUUAUAUAUCCAAUGCAUUGGCAACACAUUUUUAUUCCAAUGCUUCCUAAGCAUUUGAUUGACUAUUUAAGUGCACCGAUGCCUUUCUUGAUAGGGGUUCCUUCCGUAACAAUGAUGCAAUUCAGACAGAGUGAACUGAGCGAAGUAGUGAUGUUAGAUGCUGACAAUAAUCGUGUGAGGACUCCAUUCAAAGACUUAGAAACUUUGCCACCAGAAAUAGUAUCUUCAUUGAAAAGAAAUCUUAAGAAUCCAAAUUUGAUGUUGGGAGAUGGUGUUUCAAGAGCUUUUAUGAGAGCGUUAGUUCAGCUGAUUGGUGGCUAUCGAGAUUCUUUAAAAUUUACACUAGGGGAAAAAAUCAGUUUUGAUGCAGAUGCUUUUAUACAGACUCGACCAGCCUCUGUCCAGCCAUUCUUAGAAACAAUGCUUCACUUGCAGAUAUUCCAACAAUUCAUUGAAGGUAGAUUAGACAUGCUAAAUUCUGGAACUGGUUUCAGUGAUGAAUUUGAGUUUGAAGUUAACUCUUAUGAGGUUCAUUCAAGUCACAAUUUGAAAUCUCAAUAUAAAGAAUGGGUCACAACUAUGAAGAAAGAAGGCGGUGCAUUUUUAAAAAAUGUGAAAAGUAAGACUAAUCCUGCUGUGAGAUAUGCAUAUAAAUCUGUAAAAGAUAAGGGCAAGAGAGCGUAUAAAGAUUUUCGAUCAAAAAUUCAAGAUAUACAAAAACAUCCUAGUCAACCUGAUUUGAGAUUUGAGCCAAACUUUGAGAAACCUAAAAGUGCACCUUCAAGUCCUACCAUGUUGCGCCCUAAGUUUUUUACUAAUAAGAGAAUAUCUUAUAAUUCUGACAAUAGUAAAAGCAGUACACUUGAUGGCAUCAACUUAGCUAAUUCUGUAUCUGGCACUCGCCGAUAUAAGAUGCUAACAGUUGAUGAAAUAUCUUUGCCAUCAGAAGAAUCUGGUGAUGGAGGAAGCAGUCCAAGUAUACAAAGGAUAGAUAUGGAUCUCAUGGAUGAUUUACGUGAUAUACUUUUUCGGAGAUGUUCUGUAUCCAGUGAUAAUCUCAACUCAUUUGGAUUAGAUGAUAAUAUUCAAAUUGAGACUCAAGAUGUAACUCUAGGUUUUGCCGAUUCUUUUUGUGAUUCAAAUAUGUUUAUGCCUUCUCCUAUUCCUCCUCCAAGAUCAAAACGGAACAUUAAAUCCUCUAAACCAAGUGUUGAGCCUAAGAAUGAUUUUCCUACUGAAAAUGCAUCUGUGGAAGAACCUCUUAUACAGUUAGACUCAAUUGAUGAAAUUUCUCUUUUUGACCCAUUAAAGGAGAGCAGUGUGAAAGAUACAGAUCUGCUAUCAUUCUUAGCACCUACAGCUACAAGUGAUUCUAGAGUCACAGAGCUCAAAAACACAAUACAGUCUUUAACUUCUUGUUCAGCUCAUCCAAUGAGUAAUCAGCCUGUGAAUUUCUUCCCUCCAUAUUACUCGCCAAGAGUUGUACAGCCAAAUUUAAUGAUUCCAAAACAAACAGUACCUACAAAUGUAUCCAAUCCUGUAAUUAAGGGAAAUUCCAAAAACUAUGCAUUUACCAACUUUGAAAAUGUAAAUGUACCAGAAGUAAAACCUGCGCUGCCACCCAAAACAAAACCUUCAGCUUCCACUUUCUUCAUUGGAACAGAUCAUUUAUCUGAUGUUGAGAAAGACUUGUUAGAUGAUUAUGGCUUGAGUAAGUCACCUUUAUUUCAAAGAAAUUUUGCGAGUGGUUCUCAGUCGUCGGGACGUUCAGAUUGGUUGUCUGCAGGUCAGGACAAACCAGUUUCAGCUUCUGGUACAAGUAUACAGGGGAAAGUAAGUCCUAAACCCAAACACAAGGAGAUAAAAACUCAACCAACUUGGCAAAAAUUUGUGUAAAAUGAAACAUAUAAAUUUGUUAAAUUUUGUGUAUAUAACUAAUGCAGUGCAUACAAAGAGUGUUCUUGUUUCAAAAGCUGCACUGGUUAACAAUAAGUAAAUGCUUAUAAAAGAUCAGAACAUUGACGUGUAAUUACCUUUUUUAAUAAUCAUAUCAUCUGGUCACGAAAAUGUAAACGGAGUAUUAUUAUAUUGAAUUGGUAACUGAAAUAUAAUAUGUAGUAUUCCAUUUUACUUCUUGCUAUUAAUCUGAAUGGAUUUGCUGUUUCUGAAAUACAUUUUAUUUCUUGUAAAUGAAUGAUUUGCAAGAUUUUCUAUUUCUGAAUUUUUUGACAUGUUAGGAAAAAUAUGUACCAGUUCAUUUCAAGAAAAUUAAAGACGUUAUUUUUUUCAUCAGAAGCAGUGGAAAGUACAAAUAUAUGGAUCAGUGUGCGUUUUUAUGUAUAUAUGCGUGUAAUUUCUAGUAGUGCAUAUUUGAAUGUGAAUUUCCUGAGAUAAAUUAUUUUUAAGAUCCAAUAAUUUUAUUUCUGUUGCAUGAAAUAUUUAAAUUUUGAAUUUAUUAUACUCAGUAUUUGCAGCUUAUUAUUCAUUCCAUAAAACAGUAGUUUCCUUCUAUACUAAAUGUUGUAAUUACAUUAUAGAAAACUCAUUAUGUGACAACAUAGUUUUAAUAAACAUGCUGAAAAUGCAAAACAUUUCAAUAAAAUAAUAGUAAUAUAAGUACAAAAUAGCUAGUGAAUUACGAAUGGGCUUUUUUGACUUACGAAUGGGUUACAUCCCAAGAAAUCUACUUUUCAUUUAAUAUAUAUAGCCUGCAGAGUAUCAUAAUUUAAUUAAGUUUGCCUUGAUAUGCUCAAAAGACUUAUAUUUGCCAUUUAACACAUAUAAUAUGCUUAAAUUAUGUAAUACAAAAAUUUGUAUUAUAGUAAUGCUUAUGUCGAUUCCCUCCUGUAAUUUACUGAGUAAUGUGCUGAAAUUGAAAAGUGAUGAUUAUAGUUUGCUUGCAUGUUUGUCAUUAAUAUGCAGAGCUGGAAGCAUAUCGAGCCUAAGAAAUGUUUCAAACAUGGUUUUAUGUAAACAUUUGCUAUUUUAGGAAAUGAGAUCAUCAGUUUCACUUUUAUAUUUAGAGAUUCAGAUUAGCUGAUGAAAGGCACACUGGAAUAUUGAUUUUGUUGAUGAUGAGGCAAUCAUAAAAAGAUAUCAUGUUUUAUUUCUUUGUAUCUGCUGGUUAGUGCCUUUACUCAUGUGCUUUUAUGUGUGUUAUAAUGCCUGAUAUUUCCUGCCCCCCCCAAACAGAACAAAAUGCAAAAUGCAAGGUACAGCUUAUAUAGAAAAGAUGAUUUUCACACCAUUGUGAAGCCAAAAAAUAUGUAGCUGAAAUGGCAUAAAUCAGGAAUCACAUGUAUUAAAAAAAAAUUCUGUUAUAGUCAUUCAUAUAAAAGUGAAGAAAAUCUUUUGAUUUAAUGUAAUUGUAAUAUUAAUAAUAUUAGACAUCCAUGCAGUGUAUUCUUAUGAUAAUUAUAUGAUUUUCUUUUCAUUCUGAUGUUCAGUAGAUAAUAGUUAAGUAAAAUCAGCAUCAUUAUCAAGACAUGCUAUGUCCUAUAGAUUCAGACCUGUGUCAAAACCCUUUUAUAACAUGUUUAUUAUUAAAAAUAUUUAAGUGCACAUUGUUUUUCAUAUUUUUUCAAAAAAUAUAAAACUUCUGUGGUAAAAAACAUCGAACAGUUUCAAAUAUUUAUGUAUAUUUUCUUAAAUAUUUCUUUCAAUUAAUUCACUGCUGUAAAAUAUCUUAUUACUUAGGUGUACUGGAUUACUUUAAAACAUUUGAGGUGGGGGGAUUUGCAGUUUUGUUUUGCUUUUUCAAGGUACUUUUCCUGAUUUACACAUUGCAUAUUGAUUAACAAAAGCAUAUUUGAAAUUAGGCGCUUGUAGUUUGAGUUAGAGAAUGUUCAAAUAUUUUGAAUUAUGCUCAUUAUGCUCACUGGGCAAAAGAAUUGGAACCCUGUUGUAAAUAGUAACUGCUAUUUAAUGGCUUUACUUUGAAAUGAACGACAUCAUGCUAUGGGUUUUACAAGUCUGUGUUUCUUAGCCAUUCUGCUUGUAAGAAAUCCGAGAAUUUGGUUAAAUUCCUUCAGCGUUUCCUGCCCUUCUUGAUUUACAGGGGUCUCGAUAGAUUUGGUCUCAGUAGAUUUUUCUCUCUAUUUCUUGGUUCUGAGUGGUUUCAGUAGAUUUUCUACGGGACUAAAGUUUGAGGACUUCAUUAGCCAGGGAAUAUGUUAGAGCUCCUAAGAAGGCUUGUGAAACUUGCAAAAGCUUGUGUGUAGUUAGUGAUUUGUCAAGCGCAGUGCACUUUACAUUUAUCAUUUUGAAAUUUAUCUGCAGCUGAGUUAUUAAUAAGGAGUAUUUGUUCAUCCAAAAUAUGAAUAAUGGCUCUGUGUUUAAAAUGCAUGUUAGCAGCAACAUAAUGGGCUCAGCUCAGAACAUGUGAACUAUUGACAGGACAUCAAAGAUCCAACUUGUAUUCAUAUUGUAUACAGUUUGUUAUAAAAGGCUGGAGGUUGUUACAAUGGACGUCUACAGGUCCACACAAGUCAUUUCCACUUUAUGGAAACAGUUUCGCUAAUUAAUUUUUAUAUAUAGAGGGUGUAUUUUUUGCAACGGUAUGCUUCUGCCGAUUGCCUUGAUUCUUAGCUCUGGCUCAAAUUUUCUACAAAAGUAUACCUUUUUCUUAGCACUGUUGUGUUAAUUUUAUCAUACUUUUCUUGAAUGGUUUUUCAAAGUCCUUUCAUUGUUCUUGGAAGCCGUUUUCCUAAAGCUGAUUUUAACAAACUGAAAGUGCAGAAGUCCAUAAGCAAAACGUCAGGUGAUUUUACAGGUAUUCUGUUAAUGACUACAUUUUAUUCCUAUUUCUCUUUCUUUUGCUAAAUUAGCGGCAGUUGACUUUUGACUUAAACACAUGACUAGGGGCUUUGCCUAUGAGCUCAAAUUUAUUGAUGUCUUUUCCAAAUAAGGUUGAAAUUUGCCCCUCAAAAAUUGAUUCUAAAAUAUUUUGCUGAUAAUACAGCGAAUUAAUUGCUUUUUUUUUUUUUUUUUUUUUUUAGAGUUUUUUAGCUUUAAUUCACUGUUGCAACAAAAUCCUACAACUGUCAAAGAAGUCUGUUGAGAAUAUUUGCAUACAUUGACGAAGCCAUUUCAUAUGAUCCAUCUGUUGAGCAACAGAAAACUGAUUUUUUUAAAAUUAAAACAGUCAUUUAAAUGUACUCAUGCUUCAUCAAGUGUUACUACAAAUUUCCAUUUAUCAGGAGCUACGCAUGUUUUGUAUAAUUUUCUACAAAUUGUUUUCUUUCUGUAAUAUGCUUUGCCAAAAGCAGAUGAAAUUUUUGGUUUAAGUAUCUGUUUAACAUCAAAUCUGUAUAAAUAAUUUUUCUUACAAUUCCAGAAGAUGUUCUCAGCUCUGAUGCAAUGGAUUUUUGAGUCUGUGGAUUUUUUUUUCAGGAUCAGAGACUUCACUUCUUGAUAUUUACUUGAGUUUGUACAGUCUUAGGAUGCAGUUUUGUAGCCAUUUUUUCAUUUUUAUUUUCAACUAGACAUUUUUGCCCUUUUAGAUUUCAUAUGUUAAAAAUAUCUUUCUUUGAAAUCUAAUAACUUCAAUUUUUAUACCGCUUUACAGUUUGUUGAUAUUAAUAUUUUUCCUCGAAAUUCAGAACGUGUCCAUCGAGUGCCUUUUUAGUCUUCAUGCUAUCUAUCAGUUUUAAGAGUCAUUGCUAAAAUAAAUCUCUUAUUCUGCAUUCCAAUAAAAACAAAAUAGUAACAGAUGAUUAUAUUGAAAAUGCAAAAUCUUAUCUCAAAAUGUUAUUGAGAAAAUUUAAACAGAAAAUCGUAUCCAUAAAGGGUUAAAUGACCUUCUCUAUCAGUGUGUUGCUGCUGGAUUUAGACAAUUUGUUUGACAGUCAGUGUCGGUAAGCAGUGAACUUUGUUUUUCUAUCAUAAUUGAUAUGCUAAUUUGACGUGGACUGCCUUUCUUUUCAAUUCCUAAAAACAUGUUUUGCUGUAUUGUAUAAUAUGUUUUUAGGUGUAGAAUUUAUUAAAUUUUCAUUAUUGAAUAAUCAAAGGCAGUUACUUUCCUUAUUUACACUCACUAAUCUCAUCAUACUUGUGGCUGUUUUACAGCAGAGAAAAAUAAAACUAUCGAGGAACAUAAUUAUCACAUAUACUCCAAGCCACAUACCUCGAUAGCUUUUUCUGGUCUUUUAAUUGACAAGUACAGUUAUUUCUCACUGCAACAUUAUAAGUUACAUAGAAAGGGGUAAGAGGUAUAUAUUUUUUUUUAUGUGGUAUAUGUGUAUGCCAUUUCCAGAAUUCAUCUGUCAGUAUUCAUAAUGGGACAUUGUUUAAAUUUUUUUCUCUUCAUCAUCAAUAAAUUAAUUUUUGGUUUCAUAUUUUCAACUUGUUUUAUCUAUUUAAAAAUUUUUAGUAAGCAUUUUAUGUAUAUUUAUUAAUGAGCAUUAAAAUUCUAUGUAUUUAUUAACUUGUAAAUUGCAUUCAUUUUAGUUCUGUCAUUAUCAGUGCUUUUGUACCCUGAAUAAGCUGAACAAAAAUAUCGAACAUUUAACUGUUUGAUAUUUUUUGUUGUUUUAAAUCAAAAUUAAUUAUUUUUAAAAAUCUGGUAAAAUGCCAUUAAUGUCUUACAUGUACUAAAUGUAGCACCAUAACAAUCUAAAGUAUUUUUAUUAUAAAUAUUAUUUGCAUUUUAAGUGAGUAUAAUAAUGCAACUGUGUAAAAUACUGCCUGUUUAUAAAAGUGCUGAUAUACCAUUUCAGAUACUUUAGUUUUUAGAGAUGUGUUAAUGUUAUUAAUCAGAGAGUUCUUUAUUUCAGAAACGAUAACUUACUUAUGCUUCUUUAUAUAUAUUGUAUCCCAUUUGCAAUAUAUUUAUUUGAAGUGUAAUUAUAGACAUACUAUAAUAUGUUUGGAUUCUUUUAUAUAUAUUUUUUAUAGAUUAUUCAUUGUUAAAUAUUGUAAAUAUUGAUAAUUGUUGGAUUUAUGGUGUGAAUAUUUUUUUUGCAUAUUGUAUAUUUCAUGUUAGUAAGUUUUAUAUGAAGAAAUAUUAUUUUAUAUGCAUUUAUUGAUAAUUUAAUAUAUGAAAUAAUAUUUUCAAUUUGUGCCAUUUACAAAAUUAUCAUUUCAAUUCAAUGUGAAUUUAGUAUGAUUUCGUGCAUCUUUCUUGGUUGGGUAUAAUAAAAAUGCUGUGCAAGUGUUAUAGUUUUUAUAUAAAAUAUCACUUUUAAAGUUUGUUGUAUCAAUAGUCACAGUUACAGAAACAUUUUUACUUUAGUUUUAAACUUUCUUAACCAUGUGAUAUCCAGUUUACUGUAUUUUUAAUCUUAUCACACUUGUUUAAUUCUAUCUCAAUUUUAAUUACAAUUUAUUUUUUUUUUCAAAUUCCGAUCACAUAAUGCUUGGAUUGGAAGGAAUAAUUUUAUGUUAAAAUUUUUGUUUUUCUUGUACAAAUAUUACCUUCUAGUAAUUGAUUGUUACUGAAUUUAAAAAUAUUUUCUGCAUAACUACUAUUAAAUAUAUUUACAAAGGAAAAGUUAAACCAUAUUAACUGCCAAGUCUUUUGUAAAAUAAAUUUUUCUGCGUUUAUGUGUGCCAGAAUUUAAUGAUAUAUUUUUAAGACUUAAUUUUUAAAGAAAAGCAAAACGAUUUCUCAUAGUUUAAUAACAAAGCAUUCAAACUUCUCUUACUUUUUUCUUUUCUUCUUCAUUCUGGAGAAUUUUCCCAUAGAUUCCCAACUAACCAGAGACAAACUAAUUAGGUUACAGAUUAAUUGGACUCCCAUUAAAAAAGUUUGUUUCUUCUUGAACAAUGGAAAAAUUUCUAUCACGAAUCAUCAGAGUAAAAGAAAACAGUUUAUAAAAAAUACAAAACAGAAAAGUAGAAUAUCUGGAAUAAUAGUAGUGAUAAUAGAUGAUGAUCUAAUAUUUGGGAGUUAACAAUAAAUUAAGUAUACGGCCUUAAUUUUAUAUUUAACAUUGAUUCCUACAAUACAAGAGUAAUAUAAAUAAAAACAAGCAAGAAGGUGCACCACUCUGACAAUGAAACUCUUUUCACUGCUGCUGUUCCUUUAAUUUUUGUGAAAAUAAUGCAACAUAUGCACAUGAUUUUUGCCUUUGUUUGUUUCUGUGUCGAACAUUUUUUGUGGUGAUCAGUGAUACUAUUUCAAAUAAUUUUGCUUUAUCCUUCAUUACUUUCACAAUUAUUCAGAUAGGCAAGAUAACAGUCUGCUAAACGAUAAUAUGAUGCUUCGCGAAAUAAGUUCACCCAUAUUAAAAAAGGAAAACUCUAAAACUUUAACUUCCUAUUUUAGAUGAAUUUGAACUCGAUGAUCUUAUUAAAGUUAUCUUAUAAAUAUUGUACUUCAAUGAUAUUUAUGGCUUAAUAUCUUUAUUUAUAAUCAUGAUUAUUACUCCAUUAUUUAUAGUGUGUUCUUUUCACUUUGAGUGUUGAUUUAAUUUUUGUAACUAAACUUAUUCUCCAGAUUAAACUGUUUAAAAACACUUAAGGCAGUGGUUCUCAACCUUUUGACUAACGCGUACCAUCUAAAUAAAAUUUGAAUACCUUUUAGUACCACCGCUACAAAGUACUACUGCCACCACCUUUCUUGAACAAAGCUCAGAUCACAUAAAUUUAGAGUGUUAGAGAAAAAAACUCAAUCGGGAUGUUGGGGUUUUAAUUUUUGAAUUUAAUAGUUAAAAAUACUUUGCUUUUUUUUUUGCAUACCACCUAUUUUUCUCUUGCGUACCACCGGUUGAGAAUCCCUAACUUAAGGUAACUUCAUUGCAGUAUUUUUCUAGUAGUUAUAAUAUCGGUAAAUGCCUUCAACUUGAUUUGAUUUUGCAUUAACUGUGUAACAUUCCCAGUAUUACCCUACGUAAUCGGGAGCCUAUUGUAGUUCUCCAGGAUAUGCAAGCAUUAUUUUUGCUAACAUUGUAGAUUAGUAUUUUUUAUUUAUAGCCAUGAGUAUAUCCAUGUCAGUACUUUUUAUGAAGUAUUAUUAAAUGUACACUUUCAACAGUAAUAAAAUAUAUGAACAAAAUGGUGCAAGGGAUAAAAGUUGUUUAAUAAGUUGAAUUUGUUUUGUUGUUAAUACAUCAUAUUUUCACAAUAUUAUUUAGUCUUGGUUACAUAGUAAGCUGUGGUAAAAGUAGACUAAAUUCAAAUAAUUUUAGUACAUUAUGAAUUUAAGAAAGUUUGUUUUUAUUUUGACUCAGAAAACAUUCGUAGUUUUGUCAGCAGUGUGUGGUAUUAUUGAACAAUUUAUGUUUGUCUAUGUCAAAACUAAUAUUUCUUCUUAAUUCAGUUAUAUCAAAAUAUUUUUCUCAUGGUAAAGUAAGCAGUGUGCAAUGACAAGUUAUAUUAUCUGCUAUUAUUUUUAGUUUGCUACAACAGCAGAUUUCAUGCAUUGCUGUACAGUUAUUUAGGACUUGAUUCAAAAAGUUCAAAGUAAUUUGUAGCUCAUGUGUACUAGAAAAUAUAAUUCCUUUUAGGUUAUUAAACAUAUUUAUGCAUUAGGCUUCAGAAAGUUGCUUAUCAUUUGUGCUUAAUUCUAUGUAUACAUAUGUAUAAGUAAAUUUUAGCAGAAUUUUAUGUUUUUUGGAUAAUAACUGCAUAGAUUGUUUGGAUUGUCAACAAAAUGUGUUAUUAAAAUUUUGUGUUUUUAAAAUAAUAAUUGAUAACUUUAUUGUUUGUUUCAGUCUAUGGAGCAGUUAUAAGAGGAAAUUGUGUGCCCCUUAUUAUAAUAGCUUUUAAUUAUUUAAUAUUUACAAUCAUAUAAAUCAUGGUAAUAAUAGCAAUAGUUUUCAAAUAUAUGGCAAAUUUUUCAUAAUGUAUAAUUCUUAGGUAUUUUAUUUGAAUUUGAUACCUCACUGCAAGAUCAAAUUUCAUUGCUUGCUAAUUGAGGAUAUGUAGUAAAAUAAUGGUUCACAUUUACACGGAGAAAAAACUUUGCAGCUUGAAUAAUUUAAGUACUUAAUACAGUUGUGACUUUUUCCAUGAAUGAUGUACUCAUAAGAGAGCAAACUUACAAAAGUUAAAGUGAAUCCUGCAGAAAUAAAGGGAAUAAAAACUGCCAUUGACUGCAGUAGUUAUAUAAAAUAAUUCAGGAGAUGGAGAAAACCCUUUAUAAGAAUGUUAUUUAUAUCUAUGUAUAUUAUAUGAAAUAUUAAAAUUGGUAUUUGUCAAGUGUGGUUAAGUGUUUUCUAUUUCGUUUUGUACGACUGUGUACUGAAAUUCUUUGAUGUAUUUCUUACAUUCAUUAGCUGAAAAAAAUUUAGUUUUUAAAUAUUCUUUGAAAAGUUUUGAAGUUUUAGUAGCAUUUUAAGUAUAAAAUCAAAUUCAAAAGGAGAUAUUAAUUUUUUAUGAAAAUAUUUAAAAACUUUUUUUUUUUCCUUUUUAGUUGUAUAAAAUAAUUUCCGAAACUGAGUGUUGUUUAAGAAAGUUUUGCUGAAAUCUGAGAAUGGAUUUUGCUCAAAAGUAUUCAUAUUAUAUUAAAUUUAACCAUAAUAUUUUGUGUCAAAAAUGUAGCAAAAAUAAUGAGGUAGUUGUGAUUUGGUGUUAAAACAGCUUUUAAAAAUGUUAAAAAUUAUACUUUUCAUAAUUCUGUCAAAAACAUUGGCAGAAAUCAUGUUAUGAUAUUAUGCUGUCCAUUAUACUAUUGUACAUCUAUAGCAUCCUCUCUGUGUGUUUCAAGUAUAGUAUUUUCAGACUAAACUUGUGCUUUAUAUUAUUUCCAAUCAUGCUGUAAUAUAUUAGACUGUUUGUUUUGAUAUGUGGGGUUUAAUUAUUUAAUUCAUAACCCACUGAUCUGUGCCAUGAAGAAACUAAAAUUUUUAAAAUGUUAAAUUGUAUAUAUGUUGAUGUGUACCAGAGUGCAAUUUCAAAAUGUUAAUAUUGCUGUUUGUAAAUUAUUGUCUAAGCUUUGUAAAUACUUAUUUAUUAAAUAAUAUAAUGCUCAGUCUCUUAAAA